CGAAAGAUAGACUGCUUUGUCAUAUUCAUAAAUAUUUAUAUCGAAAGGAUGGUUGGGACAGUAAUGAGACAAUCAAAUAUUAUUUUAGAAAGAUGCGGAUUCGCGGAAGAAGUAUGAUUUCUCCGAUGUGACGUCUCUAUCUACAUUAACGUGCAUUUCCAUGGCAAACAGAGAAACGCAGCAUGAUCCAAACUGCACGCAUUAUGACAAAAAAUCUUACGAUCUUUGUCAGUCAGUUUUUCAUACAUUCUCAAUACAUUUUUCAUAUUUGUCUUACGUAAGUGGGAAGAUUUCCUUACGCAGUUUGCGCGUUCAAUUAACACCUCAGAAUUCGCAUAUAAACGUACACGUAUUACGUUUCUUUUUUAUUCAGUCGACAGUUGUUUAUAAAGAAGGGAACAAAAAUGAAGCAGGUUUUAUCGUUCUUGGUGCUGCUAGUUUUCGGCGGAAGCAGAGCUUUACCGAUGCAAGAGGAUGAAGGUGUCUUCGCUGACGGUCCCAUAGAUCUGAGCAACUCGACCGGUCCAAAAGAUCUGUACGUGAUCAAAACUAUAGUGUACGAAGUGGGCAUCUUGACGGACGCUUCGAACGAUACGAGCAACUCGACCGAGAUCACCGAAGAAGUAGAUUUGACGUUCUUCAAUCCGACGCACAACGGUAGCACGAUCGACUUAAGCAACAUCCCAGUUCCGAUUCAGGCAAACAUCAGCGGCAUCUCGAUCACCGGAAUCGCUCCCGUCAACUUCGGCACGUUCGAUCUGAAAGGUGACGACAAGAAUCUUCUCGUCGCCCCGCUGAACGGAUCCGCGAUCCUUCCGAACGCCGUCAUAAGCGUCACGCAGAACGUGAGCACCGUGGACAGCGAGAAGGGCGAAGAAAUCCUCAAGCAAAUCUCGCCGCUGCUCAACCUGCAGAACGGCACUCUGAACGCGCCGUGAACGUAACGUUUGCCGAUUGAAGAAGGUCUGGUGAUCUUUUCCUCUGGCUUAGCUCUCGCCAGAGUCACGUGCCAAAAAAAUAUAUC